AUGCCCAGGACGUCUGACACGCGCCGGCCCUCCCCCAGUGACAGACGCCAGUGCCGCAGAGGCCCCGCCGCAGUGACGUCAACUCAGCGCGACGCAGCGCCCCGGGUGACGUCGCGGGCCCUGCUGCCGGGGUACCCCGUGCUCUGGCUGUGCUGUGACCCUGUAAGUGGCUUUGGUCCGGUCCCUUCUUGUCCCGCCCGACAAGUAGGGGUCUGGACUGCUGGUCCUCGGGGCCCCUUCCGGGGCGACAGUGAUAGUCGCAGGUCACAUACCAGGGCUAAGGACUGCCUCCACGUGCCACGGGGUCUCCAAGGAGGAAUGGCGGCUGUGGGCAGCCUGUCUGGCCUCCUGCGGCGGGGUCUCGUGCAGAGAGCUGCCUCUUGGUCCUGCCGCCUGCACACCUCCCACGGGCUGGCUGACUGCCACAGGGCCUCGUUCACGAGGCUCUACAGACAGGCCUACGCACGCCUCUACCCCGUGCUCCUGGUCAAGCAGGACGGCGCCACCAUCCACAUCCGCUACCGGGAGCCACGGCGAAUGCUCGCGAUGCCUGUCGACCUCGACUGCCUGUCCCCCGAAGAGAGAAGGGCUCGCUUCCGCAAGCGUGAGGCCAAGUUCAGAGAAAAGAAGGAGGAGCCGGAGCUCAAGGACAACUUCGAUAUGGAACGCUACAAGCGCUUUUGGACCAAAAAGUGACUGUUCGUUGGACUGUCCCGGGAAGGGAGUCGUGCAGGUGGGGUGGGCUGUCUGGUUUCAAAAGUAUAAGUUAGAAG